UCUAUAGAAAAACUAUGAUUAUCGCUCGAAAGUCGUUCUUUCAUAUUUGCUCCCCACAUAUAAGGGAAAACGUGAAAAGGUGCACCAUACAACAUUACACCCGGGUGCACUUUUAAUGUACAAAGCUUUAAAAAAAAAACAUGUAGGCGCCAAAUAUUACAGUCCUCUAUCCCACCUUCGCGGCUACGCCUAUGAAAUAUGAAUCCAACUUCCCUCCUCCGUCGUCGUUCUUCUUCCAUCCCAAAUUUCUUCUCCUUCCUCUGCUUUAAUCGUCUCUUCUCCACCUCCUAUUCUUUCUCUCUCCUCGAAUCUGCAACUCUUCCCAACUUGCUUUCUGCAAAACCUAGCAUUGAAGAACAUCAUCAAUGGCAGCAAAACCUAAAUUCACACCUCCAGAAAAGAGAACACUUAUUUUCUCUCCUUCAAUCCUGUUCCCAUUACACCCAUUUCCUUCAACUACAUUCCCAAUUCACCCGCACCCAUUUUAUCCAACAUCCUCGCCUCUCUCUCAAGUUUCUCGCUCGAGCUGCAAGAAUUUGCCCUCAGAAUAUUUUCUAUCUUUAUCGGAUUUUCACUCAGAUUUCAAUGCCUAAUUUUUCGCAUUAUAAUACCAUGAUUAGGGCAUUUUCUCUUAGUGAUUUUCCUGCUGACGGGGUUGAAUUUUAUCGGAGGAUGAGGCGGGAGGGUGUAGUGUCAAAUUAUCUUACUCUGUCGUUUUGUCUUGAUUGUUGUACUAAGAAUUUUGGCUUGAUUGAGGGGAUGCAGAUUCAUGGGAGGGUUUUGGUUGAUGGAUAUGUGAGAGAUUGUGUUUUGAUGACUUCUUUGAUGGAGUUGUAUUCCCUAUGUGGGCGAUAUGAUGAUGCAUGUAAGGUGUUUGAUGAUAUGCCUCACAGAGAUACCGUUGCUUAUAAUGCGUUGCUUUCUUGCUUUAUGAACAAUAAGAGGACUAGAGAUGUUCUUUCUGUUUUUAAAUCUAUGCAGACCCUGGAGAUAGAUUGUAGACCUGAUGAAGUUACUUGCUUGCUAUUGCUUCAGGCUUGUGGUGAUUUAGGGACACUAGAUUUUGGUAGGAGUAUCGUAGGUUACAUGGAGAAAUAUGGUUAUGGUAAUUCGAUGAGGCUAAAUAAUGCUCUCAUUACCACGUAUUCCAAAUGCGGGAGUGUGGAUGAUGCAUAUCGAAUCUUCGAGAGCAUGCCUGCCAAAAACUUGGUCUCGUGGAGUUCGAUGAUAUCAUGCUUUGGGAUGAAUGGAUAUGGUAAAUAUGCCAUUGAACUUUUUUGGGAGAUGUAUAGGAUGGGCAUUUCCCCUGAUGCUAAGGCUAUUACAGCUGUUUUAUAUGCCUGCAGUCAUAGAGGGCUGCUUGAUGAGGGUUUGUUGUUUUUUGAGAAGAUGACUCGAGAGUUUGGGAUACUUCCGAAUAUCCAUCAUUAUGGGUGUGUUGUUGACAUAUUAGGCCGUGUUGGUUCACUUGACCGAGCAUAUGAUCUUAUAAUGUCAAUGGAAGUUAAACCGGAUGUAAAAGUUUGGAGGACCUUGCUCACAGCUUGCAGAGUACACAAGAAUUUUGGCAUGGCAGAGCGGGUGAUUGAGCAUAUAAUGGAACUUAAGGCUCAUGAGGCAGGGGAUUAUGUUCUGUUGUUGAAUACUUAUUCUUCAAAUGGAAAAUGGGAUAAAGUGACAGCAGUAAGGAAGUUUAUGGAAGAACAAGGAAUCCUUACAACCCAUGGAUGUAGUACUGUUGAACUAAAAGGAGCAGUGCAUGAAUUUGUUGUUGACAACGUUUCACAUCCACGCAAGGAUGAGAUAUAUGACAUGCUCAGUGAAAUCUUACAACAACUGAAGAUUGCUGGAUAUGUGCCUGAGGUGUCAUCAGAAUUACAUGACUUAGAUAUGAUAAAAAAGGAACUCACAGUUUCUUCUCAUAGUGAAAAACUAGCCAUUGCUUUUGGGGUCCUCUCCACUCCGCCUUGCACAACAAUUAGAGUUGCCAACAGUGGUCGGAUUUGUGAUGAUUGCCAUAACUUUGCUAAGGUUUUUUCUGCUGUUUAUAAUCGGAAAGUGAUAAUCAGUGAUCCGAAUAGGAUUCAUCAUUUUAGAGAAGGAAAGUGCUCCUGUGAUGACUGCUGGUAGUUAUUUGCUGGGAAGAUAGUUGUUCACUAUGUUACUUGGAUUCGACUCAAGUACUCCUGCCACACACGAAUACAUGUCCAAGUGACGGACUAGGAUAUAUGCUGAAAAAAUUCUUUGAUUUUGUCCCGAAAUGGAGUGUCAAGUGUCCAUAUGCAUGUUGAAAUAUCAGUGUCAUUGAGUAAUGAAGAGUCCGAGUAAAAUUGGUUUUCUACUAUUAAUGUUAUGGCUAAAAUACAGUCAGGUUCACUACCGCAAGCCUUUUGGUUGGCACAAUUUGGACCAAAACAGAAAUUGCUGGUUGGUUGGGGGUAUCUUUGUCUUGGAGAGGCUUUUGCUUCACUAAGAUUGAACUCAAUUGUUUGGUGCACAAAGCACACUAGACGGUUAGGCAGAAGAUGGUAGACUUGGAAUUCCAACUAAAGCUUCUCGAGUACAUAUAUGUGAACUUCGGGAAUGUCUUGGUCAUUCAUAAUUCAAGAGCUCCACAAAUGAAGUUGAUACUGAGCUGUAUGAUUCUAUUUUUUCCGUUUGUUGCAGAGAAGACUAAUAUUUACAGGAAUUUUCCACAGAAGAACAGGGAAUUCAAAUAAAAUCAAUCAACCAGAGGAAGCCUCUUACCGUGCUGCACAAGUAUCAGGU